CCGACCCAGAGACGACCCUUUUACUUUUCUCACACUGUAUUUUCUCUGAAUUCUCAGUUGUGGCUCUCUUUCUAUCUGCAUCUAUAUCUCCAUAUCUCUCUAUUUCGGGAUUCAAUUGGUGAUCUUAAUUUUUUUGCCCCGGAUCCAAUCAGCUGCCCUCAUGAGUGACGAAGGAGACAAAACUUGCCCGCUCUGUGCCGAGGAGAUGGAUUUGACUGAUCAGCAGUUGAAGCCAUGCAAGUGUGGCUAUGAGAUUUGUGUUUGGUGCUGGAAUCACAUAAUGGAUAUGGCUGAGAAAGAUGAGACAGAAGGGCGCUGUCCAGCAUGUCGAACUCCUUACAACAAGGAAAAGAUUGUUGGAACAACUGCAAGUUGUGGAAGGUUGGUUUCAGAUAUGAAUGAGGAGAAAAAGCCUAAGUCAUCUAGGGGGAGGAACAAACCAUCUGAAGGAAGGAAGCAGCUUGCUAGUGUGCGAGUCAUCCAGAGGAAUCUAGUUUAUGUUGUGGGCUUGCCGCUGAAAUUGGCAGACGAGGAUCUUCUUCAGUCCAGAGAGUAUUUUGGCCAAUAUGGAAAGGCAUUGAAGGUGUCUAUCUCCCGGACAGCUUCUGGUGCCAUACAACAAUCUGCAAAUAGUACAUGCAGCGUAUAUAUCACUUAUUCAAAGGAGGAAGAAGCUGUUCGGUGUAUCCAAUCAGUGCAUGGAUUUGUCUUGGAUGGUAAACAUUUGAGGGCAUGCUUCGGGACUACUAAGUACUGUCAUGCAUGGCUGAGAAAUGCGCCAUGUACCAAUCCUGAUUGUUUAUAUUUGCAUGAGAUUGGCUCCCAAGAGGACAGCUUUCCAAAGGAUGAAAUGGUAUCUGCAUACACAAGGAGUAGGGUUCAACAAAUUAGUGGCUCCACAAAUAGUACACAACGGCGUUCUGGGUAUAUGCUACCUCCACCUGCAGAUGAGUACUGCAAUAACACUUCUGCUUCUUCAGCAAAGCCUAUAAAUAAAACUGCUGUAAAAACUAAUAAUACUCUAAUCGGUGCCAGAGUUUCUCCUCCAAAUAGCAGUUCUGGAAGAUCUGCUGCUCUUCCUGCUGGAGCCUCAUGGGGAACUCGCGUUGCCAAUAAUCUUCCUUUACAUACCACUACUCAAUGUUCCAAAAUGGCAUUAAAAGAACAGAAUUUGAGCGAUAGGCAUGUGGCUUGUUCUGCUACAGCUGUCAGCCAAAGUCAGUUGUGUUCAUUGCAGCGAGAAACUACAAAUAUUUCACUUACUGAUAAAGAUAGCGAAGUUUCUCAAGGUAAAAGUGAAAUAGAAGCUUUAGGACCAGUGGUCAAAGAAGUAGAUGCUGAUGGGAAAGCUAUUUCUUCUCAGAGUCCCAAUACAUCUGCACAUCCAGCUUUGUCACCUGUAAAGAAAUUGUCCCAUGGCCCAUGUACUACCAAGCUGCCAGAUAACAGUACUAACGAUGUUAAUUCUUCCAUGGUCUCUGGUGGACUUGUUUCAAGCAGAGACACUACGGGUAGCACCAAUGGGAAAAUUGAGAAAAUACAAUCAUCUCAUUUUACACCUAAUCAUAUCCAAGAAAACCUGAUAUUUGAUGGGGACUCUCAGCUUAUAAGAGCAAAGGUGACUUCUCAGGUGCCUGAAACAACUGCAUAUACAACAGAGGAGUUGUAUCCUAUGGAUGUCAGAUCCGAGUUUAGAUUGGUAACACCAAGUAGAGUAAAUAAAAGUGAUUUGUGUGAUAUCGCAGAUGGUGUUUUGUCUUUUGAGAAUCAAAGGCUCAAGGAUCCUGAGGUUGCUCCUAACAGAAGCAACUUCUCUCAUGCCUCUCAUCUUUCAAGCCAUUAUAAUGUUGAUUCUACUCAGCAUAGUAAAGCUGAUGCUUUAGCAUGUAGUCAGGCUGUUGAUAGAAGUUGCAAUUAUCCCGUUCGACAUUCUGAGUCUAUUCUCAAGACUCCUGAGGUUAAUAAUGCUGAGCAUUUAAAUUUGUUUCCUUCUAAGGAGAAAGGAUCAAUUAUAGGGAGAUAUGAUGAUGAACUAUGCACACAUUCUUCUGAUAUGGGGGAGAGCAGUAUAACAUCUAAUAUUUUGUCUCUUGAUUUUGAUCCAUGGGAUGAGUCACUUACUUCACCUCAGAACCUUGCUAAGUUGUUGGGUGAAAAUGAUAAACAAGGUUCUUUUGGAGUUCCAGGUUCAUGGAAAAAUCACACUAGCAAUCAAUCAAGGUUUUCAUUUGCAAGGGAGGAGCCUAGGAGCCACUCAUCUGGUUUUGGUCAAUCUGUUGAUUACUUUACUAGAAGUUCUAACCAGCUCUCCUUAGGCCAUGAAUUCUCCAACAGCAAUAACUUGCAGCAUGAGAAGUUAGAUAGUCGCUAUGGUUUCCCUGGUUUCAAUGGUCUAGAGUCCCAUAAUUUUGCUGCCAAUCAUUCACAUACAUCUCCUAACAUGAACUCUGCUUCGAGACCUAAUGUUUCAGCCCCGCCAGGGUUUUCAGUGCCUAGUAGGACAUCGCCCCCAGGCUUUACUUCUCAUGAUAGGACAGAUCAAAAUGUUAAUGGCUUUGGAAAUCAUUUGGCUGAUUCUUCCUCUUUGUUGAGAAAUAAUUAUCAGACACCCUCUGUUGGAAAUACCAUUAGUAAUGGAGAUAUUGAAUUUAUAGAUCCUGCCAUACUGGCAGUUGGCAAAGGUUUACUUCCAGGUAGCAUCAAUAACUCAGGCCUGGAUGACGUAGGGAUACGUUAUUCUUCCCAGCUGAGUGCAUAUGAAGAAGCAAAAUUCCAAUCCCUUUUGCAAAGAUCUCUUCCUCUACAUCAGAACCAAAGAUUUACCAGCCUGGGGGAAAGUUUUUCUUCUCUUGGUGAUGUUUAUUUUACUCCCUCAAGGGUAAUGGAGCACACACUAGCCAAUACUAUGUCUCCGUUAUCCCAGUUUAGUCUCCCUCAAUCAAGGAAUGGAAUAACUUCUAAUGGUCAAUGGGAUGGCUGGAACAAGUUUCAUACUGGAAACAAUUCGGGCAUGGCAGAACUUAUUUGGAACGAUAGGUUGGGACAUAAUAAAUUCUAUGGUGGUUAUGAAGAUUUUAAUAUCCGGAUGCCGAGUUCAGGCAGUCUAUAUAAUUGGACUUGAGGAUUUGAUAUUUGGGUAUGGUGUUGUCAAAAAUCCCGAGAUAGGAUUAUUUCUUGCGUCUUUGACAAACCUGCCUAAAUUGAUCGUACCAGUUGGCAUUUAAGACCAAACAACUUUGUAUUCACUUUAGGGAGUGCGCCAAGAUUUGGAAAUAUUCCCAAGUAAGCCAAUGGGAGUGAGUUGUGCUUAGUUUGUCAAGCUACUUUCUGGUUGGUAAAAGGAUCAGCUGUUCACAAACGUGGAUCUGGAAACCAACAGCUGAAGGGAGUCUGAGCAAUAAGGCUUGGGAGUUUUGAUGGCUACACGACGGUGUACAUGACAUCCUUAGGUUUGUUGUCAAUGUUGCUCGGCUGCUGAUCCAAUCAAAGAAAAUAUUGGAUGGAAUGAUAUCAGAUAAGCGGAGCCUUUACUACUAUCGUCUGCUCGUGUUGAUAAUUGAAUGCGCAGAGGGAAGUUUUAUGGCUGUAAUUGCUUAAACAUUCAUUCUUUGCAGAAACAAGAGUUUCAAAAUCUUGGUUGUGAACUCUUUUUAUUCAUUUUCGUGAAACAAAUUUGUGAGGGCUUGAAAAGUCACUAAAUAUUUAAGAUUGUCUCGAGUGCAUGAUACUAUUUAUUUCCUUUGGUGCAAUUUAUGUACUAUAUAAUUGUUGUGCA